AUGCUGAAUCUUCAAGAGAAAAUUGAAAUCGUUUUAAUAUGCGGCGAGAAUACCGGUCACCGACAAGUAGCUGAUAUUUUCAAUGCCAGACAUCCUGCAAGAAAUAUUCAUCAGUCAACAGUUAGUAGGAUAAUAGCUAAGUUUAAAUCUACUGGCUCGGUUGAGAUGGGUGGUGGCCAUGGCGUUUCAACUGUUAUACAUUUCCAGGAUCACCAUGCUGAAAUAAUUGUAUUUCCUGAAUAUGGUUUCACCGGAAUAGUUGAAGAUCCUACCAAUUACGCUUUAGAAGUUCCCGACGUUGGUGCACAAGUCACACUAAUCAAAAAGAUUUUGUACAAAAUAGCUCAGGCAGCAAAGGAUAAACUAUAUGUAGCGAUGAAUUUCUUGGAAAAAGUACCGAAGAGCAAGAAUGAAACAAUUUACUACAACACUAAUGUUGUUUUUGAUAAAAAUAUGACAGUAGUAGCAAAAUACCGAAAAGUGAAUUUGUACAACGAACCGAAGUUGACUCCUGGCGAUCCAAACCAAAACACUUCCAUUUUCACAACUGAUUUCAAUGUGACAUUCGGAAUGUUCAUUGGUUACGAUAUGCUGUCAUACAAUCCAUCCAGAAGUAUUCUGGAAAAUUCAUCGAUCACAGAUGUUAUUCUUCCCACUGCUUGGUUCUCCACAUUACCAUUUUUCCAUUGUGAGUAUAAAUACGUUUGUUUAUAUUAGUUGAAAUGUUUUUGAAAUCAGAGUAUUUGAA